AUAAUUUGUGGGCGUUUCUGUAUUAGGUAUUCCCGCCGUCUAACUAUAUAUAAACUGCAUGUUGCAUUCUCAGAAUUCACACUUCGUCAACUCAUCUUCAGUUGAUUACUCCUGUUUGAAGUUAGUCUCUCAUCACUACGAUGGCCAACCGACUGAUUUUCAUUAUUGCUGCUCUUGCUGUUCUAUCCGUUUGUUGUAACGCUGUCCAUUUAACACACGAACAGCACAAGGAACAUGUCAGAGAACAUGUCAAGGAAGCCAUGGAACGCCACUGGAAUGGUACUGUUACAAAAUGGGUAGCAGUCGGUUCUAAACUGGCGGACAAAGUGGAGGACGUCCUGAACAAAACGGCUGUCAAGAUGAUGGACACUGCCCAGAAGAUUGGUGGCAUCAAGGAAGGUUUAGUAGCGAAGUUGGCUGUGGCACUAGCUCAGGGUUCCAGCAAGUGGACUGAAUUGAGAAACAAAUCUUCUGAAAAAAUGGCUCGCACUCAAAACAAAAUCGAUGCUGCUAAACAGAAGAUUCACGACAAACUGGCAGCUGGAGCUGAGAAAUUGGUUGAAAAAGGCAACAAGUUGGUCAAUUUCACUGUAGGUGUCGUCGGUAAAGUCGUUGGUAAACUCGUCGACAAAUUCCAGCAAACCAGGACAAAGAUCCAGGAACACAAAGCCGAACAUAAUGCUAAGAUUAGUGUAGUUCCAUUGAAUUCAAAGCUGUCCACAUUAUCUGCUCGAAUCGUCACUUCUGCCCAGUCAGUUACUCCAGUUGCUGAGGUUAAAGAAGAAACAACAACCAAGUCUUCGUCACCCCAGCCGACAUACUCGUAUUAAAAUUGACGUUUUUAACAUUUUGUACAUGAUUUUGUUCAUAACCCAGUUUGACUGUAACGCACUUUUUACGAAUGUGAAUAUUACAUUGACUAUAAUUUUAA